AUGGUCGAUAUUGUUGUCCCCCAGGGUUCAGUACUGGGACCCAUUUUGUUCCUUAUGUACGAGGACGAUGCCUCAAGAGCUUUAGACUGUGAAGUAGCAAUGUUUGCGGAUGACAUGAAGAUAUGGAGUGUAAUUCGGGGUCCUGUCGAUGAAGACAGACUGCAGAUGAACCUGAAUCGGUUGGGGGAGUGGUCAAAACGUUGGCUCCUGCGGUUCUACGUUGCCAAAUGUAGCAUACUUCGCCUAGGCAACACAGCCAGAUCCGCCAGCACAAGAGGCUACUUUCUGGGCGGUGCAGCCCUACAAGAGGUCGAAGCCCAAAAGGACCUCGGUGUGCUUAUGACGAGUUCCCUAAAACCAUCCGCCCACUGUUCGAGGGUGGCAAAAACCGCAAUGUCCGUACUGUACGCCAUCAAGCGUGCGUUUAUGGACUUUGACGAAGAAGCUUUGUCUAAGACAUUCGGAACAUUCGUCCGACCGCAUUUACAGUACGGCAUACAAGCUUGGAGGCCGUGGGCUGUUGUGGAUCAAAACUGCCUCGAAAGACUCCAGAGGAGAGCCACGAAGAUGGUUAGGGGUCAAAGCUCCUUUCCUUAAGCAACGCGCUUAGUAAAUCUGAACCUCUUUCCUUUGAGUUACAGGUAACUUCGCGGAGAUCUCUUGCAAGCCUUCCGCAUUGUAAAGGGGUUGGAUUGCAGUCUGGCCUUCGAGGACUUUUUUGAAUUUGCUACCACGACCAACCUCCGAGGUCACCCGUUAAAACUGCGCACUCAGCAGGCACGGCUGGAUGUGCGGAAGUUCUCCUUCUCGGUUCGGGUGGUCAAACCACGGAAUGAGUUUCACGCAGUUGUUGUGAUGUCACCAACUAUACAAAGUUUUAUGAAGAAUCUGGACAUAUUUAUGUUCCGAAAUGACCGAGAGCGAUGAGAAGUGGAGCUCACCCCCUGUAACUCGUUCUCAUUUUGUCCUUCCAUUAUGGGCGUGUUCAAACUAUUUCAGCCCAGAACAUCUAUCUGUACACCACACAUUUUUUACGUUGCAAAUAGGGUACUCAAAGGCUUACGCCUAUUUCCCUCAAUAAAGUGAACUGACCUGAACUGAACGUUGGCAUUUCAAAUACCGACAAAUGUAUCGCCGAAAGAAUUAUCCAGCCUUCUCUGAUAUUUUUUAUUGAGGUUUAUUGUAUAAUACGGACAGAACUGUUCGUUGGCAUGAACAAAAUGUUUAGAAUGACUUGCUCGUUUGUUAAUUGAUAUUUUUUGGCAGACAUCUUCUGCCAAGGAAUUGUUGAUGACAAUCGUCCAUUGCACUCGCCUUCUGGGACUCCAGUCGUAUUAUGAUGCCUCCCAAUGACAAACUUUAGUAACCAUUCGCACAGGUAGUUCGGUCCUUCUGUCAGAGUCCACACAGCAUUGUUGCCUUUGAUCGCUUGCCAUAUUUUGAUGUUAUCCUCAAAUAAAGCACCCUCGUAGACAAGUCAAUUUGUACUGUAUGUGAAACAGGAUAAAACUCUUCUUGAAACGGAACGUUCUACUUAUAUAUCGACGUCCUUGGCAGACCCUAGUAUUCUGGUCUCAUCUCUCUAGUCCCUCCUCGGUGGGAUGUAACCGACCGCACAAAGGUUCCUAUCGCCUCGAGGCUGGUUCUCUUUUCGCCUCUUUGACAUGAAUGGCCUCAUCCGGCAUUUGAAUUCUGUCUUGAUAAUGCCCGUUUCGAGCAUUUUACUCAGGACCACAUAGAUGCCAGUCCUGUCUGGCCCGCCUACUUACCUUUAAAUAAAAUCCGCUAUAAAAUGCCAUAUACAGGCCGGUCUUGCCUGCUUUUUAUAUAUUAAGGAGCAAAAGUUUUUUUCUCCUAUAGUGCUUACCCAGUCAUUCUCACUUUGUUUAUGUUAGGAGUUUUUUUCACUGCUUGCUCAACAUUCUUCGAAUCAUACUACUUAUUCAAUAACUAUGAAUUAAGUAUUGUAUAAAUUCUGUAUACCUCGUCUAAAAUUCUGAAAUUAAUGUAAAACUAUUCUUACUUGCUAUGAAAGGAAACCCACGGAAGUUGAAUAAAAAUUAUUAUUAUCAUGGGUUUUUAUUAUACUAUAUCUGCUAAAUUGUCCGACAAAUGACGCUGUCAGCGGUGUGCUUUUAACCUAGCCAGACAUCUGAACAAGAUCUCAUGCUUAUAACUGGGCUGUAUAAAGUCAGUGAAAAGAAAGAUGUCCUUAUGGUUGUGGACUUCAAAGUUCCUGGCAUUGACUGACUAACGUGAACUGCGCAAGGGACGCAAGGCAACUUGAAUCACAAACUACUAAGUGGGCGACGGACAGACAUCUCCGCCAGAACGUAACGUUCGAAACUCGGGAUUGGGGAUGACGACAGUCGAACUGUCUUGACAUUCUUGUACUCCAUAUGUGGAAAAUGAGUCAGAUUUGCAGGACCGACCGUCAUUAGUGUCAAGCGACCACACCACGAUCUUUUUUCGAAUAUACACUGUUUCUUAGACGAAUAUUGCCGAGAGGUGGAAGAGAAACAUUUAAAAAGGGAACUAUUCUCUCAUGAGGAGAGAAUUGUCGGCGGCAUCAUGAUGGAGUCUGUCCAAAGGUGGAGAUGCUGGAGUUUUUGGCAGCUGGUAGACAAAAUGUGCUUCGGUUUUGCGUUCGGUUGUAGUUUGGGGAACCACGCUAACCCCGGCACCAGAGUCGACAAGGAAUUUGUUGCCAGCGAUACGAUCCCAGAGAAAUAAACGGCGGGUGUGCAGAUUAGCAGCGGUUCCCGAGGCAGAAGCGUCUACUGUCGGGCGGUAUCGACUCCCCGAGGCCGUUAGAGAUGCCUCGAAAUGGCAUGGCUGAAGACAUCGUCGAGCUGCUCCUCCAAAUUGUUGGUGAUACCAGCAGGCGCUACUUGGAGGUCGUGAACGGCGGACGUGGGAAACGGAGGAGGUGCGCUGUCGGUUUGGUGUUUUCCGCGGGCCGUUAGUGAUAACUGCAGUAAACUGGACUUUUAGACACAUUGAUACCUCCUCCAGCCGAUGCAAGCAUAGGUUAGCUCCUUGUGAGUUUCAGUUAAUGAGUGACUUCUGAUCUUUUGACAUCGCACUGUAGGUCGCCGGAAGAUUGUUAUUGUGGACGAAAUGUCUGCUGAAUUCCAGUGCUCUAAAAUUCAGGGUCACCAAUUUCUGGCGGUCAAGUAUGCGAGAUCAACUUAAACCACGCACGAUAAGUUCGUUUCGUCUAAUUUCAGAAGUCAGGGAGUUGUUAGGAGUAGUUUAUUCUGUAAACAGGGUGGGUUGCCGUAAGUUGGCUGGUUGCUUGCAAUAGAGAUAAAUGUGCGUUCACGGAGAGCGCCCGUCGCGGUUUGCCGCCGUGUGUAGCUGGAGUGCGUGUAUUUAUCCGCGGGAGGGAGUGAAUGGCUGAGUGCUUGUCGCGCGCUUGGACAAAUUAGAGGAGGAAUGGGGAGGGGCGCAUACUCACGAGGGCCCACAGGUAUCAAGGCAGAGCGUUCCAAGCGCAUGAGGUGAUGAAAGUUUUCGAGGGCAGCCGAGAGUCACUGCAGUUGGACGGAGGUGCUCCACGGAGGUGGCCGCGUGUCAACGAUUGCCACGGCCACCGACUGACAAAACGGAGCCGGAGACAAGUGGGACUGGAUCGGCUGCUUCAGAACAAACGACAAACGAUAUACUUUCAAUUUUUUAUUGAUUGCGGUUGUUUGUUCCAACUGCCCUUUCAGAAGAAGGGGUCGCAAGCCGUACAAAGUGGAUAAAGUCAAACUUACAGGCCUCUUUCUAAAAAGAAAUCGCCUAUCGCGGCGUUACAGACCAACCGACUGUCAAGAACACCAACGAGAAUAUAAGCAAAAAACGCAGCGUUUGUAAACGUGGGGCUUUCAAGCAGCGACGAGGAUUACAACUGAAAAUAUCGCAAGAUUCGCCGGAGCACUCGAAAAUUAUAUAGGACCAUAUACGACGUAUUAAAAGAGCUCAGGAACUCACUCCUGCCCUUAAGUAUGCAAAUGGAAAACCAGAGACGGAUGACCAGGUUAAAGCCUCACUCGCUACCUUCCGGAUAACAUUCCCGCACCAGCACAUCGAGAACUUACCAGUGAACUGUGCGAACCAUUGUCUGCAAUAUUUCAAAAGUCAUUUGAAGAAGGCGAGCUCCCACAGGAAAGUAAUUGCGCUUUAAUCACCCCGGGCCAUAAAGAUUCACGUCUUGCCCGUGUAAAUUAUCGUUCCGUCAGCCUUGCUUGCAUUGUCGAUAAAAUAAUGGGGCGCAUUAUCAAAAGGUAUUUCUUGCAAUACCUGGAAAAAACAAAACAUUCUCAGAUGCCUAACGCGGAUUUCGGCCAGGACGCUCCUACCUAACGAGUGUACUAUAUUCGCACGUGAAAUGGACAAGAGCCACAGACAAUGGUUAUACAGUGGAUGUCAUAUAUUUGACUUCAAGAAGGCCUUUGAUAGCGUCCAAAAACACGGUUCUUUUGCAGGAGAUCGGGAGUGUUAAAAUCCAAGGAAGAAUGUUAAAGUGGGUAAGAAGUGUUCUGUCCUCCAGUGUAAAGAGAGUCCUUGUGAGUAACGCUUUGAUGGGACCCUGAAAUUUGUGUUCCACGGGGUUAUGCUUUGACGUACUGCUCUGUCUGACUUAGGUAAGCGAUUGCAUCGCCAAACUAACUUGUGAGACUCCCAUGUCCGCGGGCGACAUAAAAAUAUGAAGUGAAGUCACGUGCUAUAAAGACGCAAAGAAUUUGCAGUCAAACAUUGACAAACUGAGCGUUUGGUCAAACACAUGGUUGAAAGAAGCGAAAAGGAGAGUUCCAGGUAGCAGUUAAGAGAAUGAAGAUGCGAUCACUGGAACAAUAAAUUUAUUUGCCUGACGUUUCGUAUUCAGACUCGAAUCCAUCAUCAUAGACAUUCGCAGAUAAAGGUGAUGGUGAUACCAGGAGUGCAGUAUUUAUAGCACGUGGCUGCCGUGGGACCGUAUGCGCAUUGCAAUUAACAGUUCUCGCAAUCACCGCUGGGGUCGUAAUUGAUGCGGUGGUGGCUUGUCGGUCCGAGUCCGAGUCGUUAGUUGUCGUGAUUUCGUCAUCCGUGCUGGAUGCUGGUGUGAUGAUUGCUGGGCAAACUGGCUCACUGUCACUAUGAUAAUUGCUCGCCCGCGCCCUCCCCACGUGACCGAUUUUCCUGCCCAGGGAAAAUCGCAGCACGGAAUAUGGUAUCGGGAGGUCAUUGUGCUUGUUGACGGAUUGCGGGCCUGAGAACCACGACUCGAGCAGCUGGCAGCUCACGCGGUUUUCAAGCCUUGCGAGGAUUUCGGCCUCUUGAAAUUUGAAAAUAUGGCCGGGUCUCGUCGAGUGUACCGCCACCUGAGAGUUAGCGUCUCCCCACCUCACUGCUGCUGCGUGCUCGGCAAGUCGCGUACGGAGUAAUCUCCCAGUUUCUCCGACAUAAUUGCGUUGUCCCCAACUACACCAGAUCCGGUAAAUGAAUCUAGGCGUUUCCAUCAGGCCAAAAGACCCGCUAACACGGCAGGAAACGUCUGAAGUCGUUUACCGGAUCUGGUGUAGUUGCGGACAAAGCAAUUAUGUCGGGGAAACUGGGAGAUUACUCUGAACGCGAAUUCUCCAGCACGCAGCUGCAGGUGAGGCGGGGAGAUGCUAACUCUCGGUUGGUGGCACACUCGACGGGACCCGGCCAUAUUUUCAAAUUUCAAGAGGCCGAAAUCCUCGCAAGUAGUGACAACCGCGUGAGCCGGGAGCUGCUCGAGUCAUGGUUAUCAGGCCCGCAAUCCAUCAACAAGCAUGAUAACACCCCGGUAACCGAUUUUGUACUGCGAUUUUCCCUGGGCAGGAGAACCAGUCACGUGGGGAGUGCGCGGGCGAGCAAUUAUCACGGUGACAAUAACCCAGUUUGCCGAGCAAUCGUCACACGAGCAUCCAGCACGGAUGACAAAAUCCCGGCAAUUUACGGCUCGGACUCGGACCGGCAAACGACCACCGCAAGCCACCAUGACUGAGAAAUUAUGCCACAGAGAGAAAGGCAUCAUGUGCGGCACCACUGGGCAAAAGCCUGUAGGUCACUCUUUAGGAGCUCAAGAACGAUGUCCCGAUCUGCCUACUUAUAUCGAUAAGCGACUUUCAGAUCAUCGGCAUACAUGAAAGGCUUACCAUUUUGAAAUAAAUCUCGUACAUCUUUAACAAAAAGGCAAAAUAAGCGCGGAUCGAAUACACCACCAUUAAUGACUCCAUUCCUCACACGUGAGGGGUUGGAGAUAAUAUUGGAAAUCUUAACUCGUUGUAUACUAACGCCCAGGUAAGGGGAUAUAAAAUUCAAAUUUUGCCAGCUGUUCCGAAAGAGGACAGUUUCAAGAGAGGAAGAACAUGGUCAACACGAUCAAAAGACUUGGUGAAAUCGAAAUAUACUGUGUAAAGCGCAAAACCAUUGUCCCUAGAUUGGAAAACAUAGUCAAAGAAAGAAAGUUGGCAGGUGUCACAAGACCGAGCUUUGAGGAAUCCACGGUGAGCAACACUCAGUAGGUUAUGCUCUGUUAAGUGACACAUCAUCUUAUCUUUGAUCAAUGCCACUUAGAUCUUCUAAACUGCAGGGAGGGUGUUUAUUGGCGUAAAUCGGCCAUGCUUGGGAAUGGGAAAAAAGUGUGAUUCCUUCCACAACGUAGGAUAGGUAUCACACUCAAGAGCGAGGUUAAAUAUCUUGCAUAAAAGGGAUGAAAAAAUAGUAUUUGAAUCGGCUUUUAAAAUUCUUACUGGGACACCGUCAGGCCCUGGGUUAUGAGAUUGACGAAAACGCCGAAUCGCAACAGUCACAUCCCCCAGAGUGAAAGUUAAAGUCUCGAGAACUGUUCCCGUCAAUGCCUGGAUGGUUGAAGGCGGAGUGGUCGAGUCUUCAAUAAACUUUUUGGACAGGAAAGCAUUGAAGCUAUCAGCCGUUAAAUGGGCAUCAGCUCUAAGAUCCCUGGGAGCGUCUUGAAGGUUGGGAUGCUCCGUCUUUCUGUGAGUUCGUAUUUUUCGGGAGAAAUGUUUCGGGACAUUUAACGAAGAUCUGGGUGUAUGGUUCGCCACAAAUCUAAUGCCGUCAGAAACGCUUAAAUAAGAUGGUCCAGGAGGCAGCUAAUACCUUACAUGGGAACGGACGGUUAUUUAAAACAUUUCAUCCUGGACACUUUGGUAGUCUUUUCGGCGUCUUUGUAAGACCCCACCUGGAAUAUAAAAUUCCAGCAGUUUCACCAUGGAAGAGGAAGUAUACUGACCUACUCGAAUAAUUGCAGCGCAGAGCAACGAGGAUGGUCGAUGGCCUAAAAAACUUUUCGUACCUGGAGAGGCUGAAUGUGCUUGGUUUAUUCCCUCUAUCCUACAUGAGCGAUCUGGUGAAAACAAUGUUGGAAAGUGCUGCGCACAAAUUAGCAAACCUGAUGACAAUAAUUCUGUCCAACAAUUUAGUAAACGUUACAUUCCAAGUGAUGUAUCGAUUUAAAUGUGUGAAUCUAGAUUUAUUUGUUCUGAUGUUUAGUGGCCACGGGAUAGUCACAUAUUGAUUAUGUUACAGGCUUCCGCAACGUGGUGGAUAAAUCUAACGAGAUAGGAAGGAUAUAACUUGCAGUGGGUAUAUUUCUGCUGUUUGUAUCAUGACUAACAUUCGGUGUUAGCCCUUCAAGCGGCACUGUAGUAACUUAGAAUGGACUGAGUUACUUUGCUGUUUUUUGAAUCUGUCGCGCGAUGUCUUAUCAGGCGGUCGUCGAUGUGAUAAAUCGGAUACUGGCAGAGGCUCUCCCUGAUAAUGUCCACCCUAUUUUAGCACUUGCAAAAAGUGAUCAAGAGAAGUCAAAAUCCUCCGACAACUACCCGGAGGAAAAUGACGGCAGCACUGGUUUGCACCUAUCACGACCUAUGUCUGAAAGGAAGGCUUGGCUACGACAGGUAACACACAAUUCUUCGUCAAACGUCCCAGUCAUAUAAAAAGCCGAUCGCAGCGGCAGGUGUGCGAGAAACUGCGCAGAACUUACUAUUAGCUGGUUCCUCGAAACACCCCGUAAAGGCUGAUUCCCAAGACAUUCAGUCAGAAAAAGCCCGCGAGAGGCGAUUACGAAGGCAGGCAACACAGGGUGUCGUCGUUUUGUUCAAUGCAGUCCGGCAGCAUCAAAGUAGUCUUCAAGAAAAGCUGAGUUCUGCUGGACCGCUUGUGUUCCAACAAGAAAAAGUUAUCGCGGACCUGACCACUUCUGAUUUUCUCGAUCGUUUGUCAGCCGGAUUACCGGGUUCAAAACCCAAGGGCAGCACUGCCAAAUCCGACCAAGAAGUGAAAGAAAUUCCUCAGAAUACUGCGCCUAAACGCAAACUGAAGAACUUUCCGGUUAGUGUUUCAUAUGCUUACGAAGAUUCCGAUAACUAUAGUGUUUGCUGAUUCUCACUGGCUUGCAUGCUGCUCCAUUUGCCACAGUCACUAUUCACAUGCAGGCUGUAUUUGUCACCGCUCCUGAUCACAUUUCACAAUGUUUUUCCGUUACUGACAGGAAGUUUACUUUUGCCGAUUUAGUGAGAAACCUCUGUAAUUCAUCUCAUGUUCAUUGUUUCAACUGACUUAAACCACAUGUGACUUACAGUGAUAAAUCUUUUCUAUUAGACCAUAUUACAUAUUUAUAAAGCUUGCCUGUCACAUUUAGCAUUGUACGACGGAGUAUUACCAGAAUGGAAUGAGAAAGCUGAGACCCAGUCGCAUGCGGCCGUAUCUGAGUAGGGUUGGCAAAUUCUAUGACACGACUUUUGUGUUAUUGUCCUUGUGGCUGAGACUUGCAUCAGUAGAUUUUAGAACGUGGGCAGGAUAGUCUUUAGCCAUACAACACCCCCAAUCAGUACUACCUCUUUUCUGUUUUCACCUUCGUUAACUUAUUGAAGUACCCCUUCGGAGUUUGGCUGCUGUUUCUGACUGACAGGCAUGUUCAGUUUUCUGUCUCUAUCCCAAUCAUACAUUAGGUGCUGUCUAAACAAAUGCGUUUUAUUUUCAGCUAACAACCUACAGCGUCAAAAUUGGCAAACGGUGA